AACGCGCCCCCCGGUGCCUGCAGUGUGACUGAAACUCUACACGGGAAAAGCAGAGAAAUAGAACUGAAAUGCCUGCGCUUUGUUUCGAGGUCGAUGUCAAACGGGCUGCUUGUGUGUGCGUUUCUGCUGUAGUGAGGCUGAGCGUGUUUUCCCGCUGAGGGCAGGAUUCGCGGUGCGUCGCCUCGCCGUGUUGUACGGUAAUCUCUCUCUGGGCGCUGGUGCUGCUGCUCUGUUCUCCGCCACGGACUGGAAAGACACUGGAGAGCCUGGCCUGGGAACUGGAGCACUCAGCGGCCACAGCCAUGGCGGAGCGCCGCGCCUUCGCCCAAAAAAUAAGCAGGACUGUAGCUGCUGAAGUGAGGAAGCAGAUUGCUGGUCAGUAUGGAGGUUCCCCUCAGCUUCUCAAAAAUCUCAAUGUUGGUGGUCAUGCAGCAAGCAACUCAGUCCCAUUGACUGAGCCAGUGGAGCCAGUGGACUUUGAAGAGUAUUUGAUCACCCACCCUCCAAUCAUAGAGUCAGGACCUCUAAGAGACCUGAUUGAGUUCCCUCCAGAUGAUAUUGAAGUGCUUUACAUGCCCAGAGAGUGCCGUACGAUGGGCCAGGCUGUUCCAGAGGAAGGAGACAAUGACGCACAUGUUCGAGACUGUACCAGAUCCUACACUGAGGAUUGGGCAGUUGUCAACCGCAAGUACCAUAAGCUGGGUACAGGCUUUAACCCCAACACUCUAGAUAAGCAGAAGGAGAGGCAGAGAGGUUUACCUAAGCAGGUCUUUGAGUCAGAUGAGCUACCAGAUCCCAGCAGCUAUCAAGAUGAUCAGGAUGAUCUGAAGCGCAGGUCCAUGUCUAUAGAUGACACUCCACGGGGGAGCUGGGCUUGUAGUAUAUUUGACCUGAAGAACUCUCAGCCUGAUGCUCUACUGCCUCACCUGCUGGACCGAGUGCCCAAUGAGGAGAUUGACAGGCACAAUGAGGACCAGCGCAAAGCCAACCGCCACCGCGAGCUCUUCGCCCUGCACCCCGCUCUCGAUGAGGAGGAGCCCAUUGAACGUCACUGUGUGCCUGAUGUCCCUAAAGAACACUUUGGCCAGAGGCUGCUUGUCAAGUGCUUGUCCCUGAAGUUUGAGAUUGAAAUUGAGCCAAUAUUUGCGAGUCUGGCCUUAUACGAUGCCAAGGAAAAGAAGAAGAUAUCAGAGAACUUUUUCUUUGACUUGAACUCAGAGCAGACCAAAUCUAUGCUGCGUCCUCACAUCCAGUCGGCUGCUAUCUCUACCCUGGCCCGCUCCGCUAUCUUCUCCAUCACCUACCCCUCUCAAGAUGUCUUCCUGGUUAUCAAGCUUGAAAAAGUUCUACAGCAGGGAGAUAUUGGUGAAUGUGCAGAGCCUUACAUGGUCUUCAAAGAGUCAGAUGCUGCCAAAAAUAAAGAGAAGCUGGAAAAGCUGCGCAGUCAAUCGGAGCAGUUCUGCCAGCGGCUAGGCCGCUACAGGAUGCCCUUCGCGUGGACCGCCAUCCACCUGAUGAACAUAGUGAACAGUGCUGGCAGUCUGGAGAGAGACACAGAGCUGGAAAUGGGCUUGCCAGAGCGGAAAGGUUCCUGGUCAGAACGCAGGAACUCCAGCAUUGUGGGUCGUCGCUCUUUGGAAAGGACCACCAGUGGAGAUGAGUGCUGCAAUUUGACCAGCUUCAGGCCAGCUACACUUACGGUCACCAACUUUUUCAAACAGGAGGGGGAUCGACUAAGUGAUGAGGAUUUGUACAAGUUCUUGGCUGACAUGAGACGGCCUUCUUCAGUGUUACGCAGACUUAGACCUAUCACAGCUCAGUUGAAGAUUGACAUCUCUCCUGCACCUGAGAACCCUCACUACUGUCUCACCCCAGAGCUGCUCCAGGUUAAGCCUUAUCCAGACAGCCGUGUGCGGCCAACCAGGGAGAUCCUGGAGUUCCCAGCCCGGGACAUAUAUGUGCCCAACACCACCUACAGGAACCUGCUGUAUGUGUACCCACAGAGCCUGAAUUUCGCCAAUCGACAAGGCUCUGCCCGCAACAUCACGGUGAAAGUGCAGUUUAUGAAUGGAGAGGACCCCAGCAAUGCCAUGCCUGUGAUCUUUGGUAAAUCCAGCUGUGCAGAAUACUCAAAAGAGGCAUACACUGCUGUGGUCUAUCAUAACCGUUCCCCAGAUUUCCAUGAUGAGGUUAAAGUUAAGCUGCCAGCCUCUCUGACUGACCAUCACCACAUCCUCUUCACGUUCUACCACGUCAGCUGCCAGCAGAAACAAAACACUCCUCUAGAAACUCCAGUUGGAUACACGUGGAUCCCUAUGCUGCAGAAUGGACGUCUGAGAACGGGCCACUUCUGCUUACCGGUGUCUCUGGAAAAACCACCCCAGUCUUACUCUGUUCUCUCUCCUGACGUUCCUCUUCCUGGUAUGAAGUGGGUGGAUAACCACAGAGGAGUGUUCAAUGUUGAAGUUGUAGCCGUGUCCGCUAUCCACACACAGGACCAAUAUCUGGAUAAGUUCUUUGCGCUGGUGCAUGCUCUGGACGAACACAUGUUUCCAGUGAGGAUCGGAGAUAUGCGUAUCAUGGAGAACAAUCUGGAAGCGGAGCUGAAAGCAAGCAUCGCAGCAUUAAGCUCCUCCCAGCUGGAGCCUGUGGUGCGCUUCCUUCACCUGCUGCUGGACAAACUGGUACUGCUGGUGGUGCGGCCGCCCGUCAUCGCAGGACAGAUCGUAAAUCUUGGUCAGGCCUCUUUCGAGGCGAUGGCAUCCAUAGUGAACCGUCUUCAUAAGUACCUGGACACCAGCCAAGACAUGCACGGCCGCAACAGCCUCCUUUCAUCAUACAUCCAUUAUGUCUUCCGUCUGCCCAACAUGGACCCAAACUCACCUUCCCCAGGCCCUGGAGGCUUGGGUGGUUCGGUGCAUUACGCCACUAUGGCCCGUUCUGCUGUCAGACCUGCCAGCCUCAAUCUCAACCGCUCCCGUAGCCUUAGCAACAGUAACCCAGACAUCUCUGGCACGCCCACAUCCCCAGACGAUGAAGUGCGCUCCAUUAUCGGCAGUAAGGCCAUGGAGCGCAGUGGCAAUCGCAUGUCAUCGCACACUGAGAGCGCCAGUUUCUUGCAAACUUUAACAGGACGCUUGCCGACCAAAAAGCUCUUCCAUGAGGAGCUAGCUCUGCAGUGGGUGGUGAGCAGUGGUAGUGUGAGGGAAGGAGCCCUUCAGCAGGCCUGGUUCUUCUUUGAGCUAAUGGUUAAGAGCAUAAUCCACCACUUAUACUUCACUGACCGCCUGGAGUCUCCCAGGAAGAACCGCUUCCCUGAGCGCUUCAUGGACGACAUCACUGCUCUGGUUAGCACCAUUGCUGGUGAUAUUGUCUCACGCUUCCAGAAGGAUCUGGAGUUGGUGGAGAGGCUUAAUGCAAGCCUGGCCUUCUUCCUUAAUGACCUACUGUCUGUCAUGGACAGAGGUUUCGUUUUCAGUCUCAUCAAGACGUACUGGAAACAGGUGUCCACCAAGCUGUAUGCCCUGCAGAACCCCACUCUGGAGUCUCUGAGACUGGACUUCCUGAGGAUUGUCUGUAGCCAUGAGCACUACGUCACCCUAAAUCUGCCCUGCAGUCUGCUCACUCCCCCUGCUUCCCCCUCUCCCUCUGUGUCCUCUGCCACGUCACAGAGCUCUGGGUUCUCCACCCAUGUGCAGGACCAGAAGAUUGCAAACAUGUUUGAGUUAUCGGUUCCCUUCAGAGAGCAGCACUACCUGGCUGGUUUGGUUCUGACUGAACUUGCCGUUAUUCUGGACCCAGAAGCUGAUGGGUUAGUGCACUGGAUGUUUGGCCUGCAUAAGAAGGUGAUCAGUGUGGUCCAUAACCUGCUGUCCAGCCAUGAUUCUGACCCCCGCUAUGCUGACCCUGAGGUCAAAGCCAGAGUUGCCAUGCUAUACCUGCCUCUCAUUGGCAUUGUCAUGGAAACCUUGCCCCAGCUCCAUGACUUCACAGAAUCACAUAACCAGUGGGGCCGUCCUGGUGGGCCUGGAACAGAUGAACAGGAAACCGAGGGCAACAGCAUGAUCAGUCAGACUGUAGCCAUGGCAAUAGCAGGGACCUCUGUCCCACAGAUGUCACGGCCCAGCAGUUUCUUGCUCAACCCGCAGGCCACCCGUCAGCAUGGAACUUUCUCUCCUGAGUCCAGUCGCAGUCUGCUCAUCUGUCUGCUGUGGGUUCUGAAGAACGCUGAUGAGAUGGUACUGCAGAAGUGGUUCACUGACCUUUCUGUAUCUCAGCUGAACCGCCUGCUGGACAUGCUUUACCUCUGCGUCUCCUGCUUUGAGUACAAGGGAAAGAAAGCAUUUGAGCGCAUGAACAGUUUAACUUUCAAGAAGUCUAAAGACAUGAAGGCCAAGCUGGAGGAGGCCAUCCUGGGCAGUAUUGGAGCCAGGCAGGAGAUGGUACGACGCAGCCGAGGACAGCUAGAACGCAGUCCAUCUGGCAGUGCCUUUGGCAGUCAGGAAAACCUGCGCUGGCGGAAGGAUAUGACACACUGGCGUCAGAACAGUGAAAAGAUGGACAAGGGCCAGAGAUCAGUCAGGUUUAAGGAAACCCUACCGCGCAAUGGGAGAAGCCAGGAUCCCUUAUUAGUUAGAACCAGAGCUGAGCUGGAGCAUGAGGCGCUUAUAGAUGGCAAUCUGGCAACCGAGGCAAACCUGAUCAUCUUAGACACUCUGGAAAUCAUAGUGCAGACUGUGUCUGUGACUGAGUCGAAAGAGAGCAUUCUGGGAGGGGUCCUCAAGGUCCUGCUUCACAGUAUGGCGUGCAACCAGAGCGCCCUCUAUCUGCAGCACUGCUUUGCAACACAGAGAGCCCUGGUCUCGAAGUUCCCAGAGCUGCUGUUUGAGGAGGAAACGGAGCAGUGUGCUGAUCUGUGUCUGCGUCUGCUGAGGAAUUGCAGUAGUAGCAUCAGCACCAUCAGAGCACACGCCAGCGCCUCCCUUUACCUGCUGAUGAGACAGAACUUUGAGAUUGGCAAUAACUUCGCCCGAGUAAAGAUGCAGGUGACCAUGUCCCUGUCCUCUCUGGUGGGCACGUCUCAGAACUUUAACGAAGAGUUCCUGCGAAGGUCUCUCAAAACCAUCCUCACUUAUGCAGAGGAGGACCUGGAGCUCCGAGAGACCACCUUCCCUGACCAGGUUCAGGACCUGGUGUUUAAUCUACACAUGAUUCUGUCAGACACAGUAAAGAUGAAAGAGCAUCAAGAAGAUCCAGAGAUGCUAAUUGAUCUCAUGUACAGGAUUGCUAAGGGCUAUCAGACAUCUCCAGACCUGCGGCUGACGUGGCUGCAGAACAUGGCGGGGAAGCACUCAGAGAGGAAUAAUCAUGCUGAGGCAGCUCAGUGCCUGGUCCACAGCGCCGCCCUGGUGGCUGAGUAUCUCAGCAUGCUAGAGGACCGGAAGUAUCUGCCUGUGGGAUGUGUCACCUUCCAGAACAUCUCUUCUAAUGUGCUGGAGGAGUCAGCGGUGUCGGAUGAUGUGGUUUCACCAGAUGAAGAGGGAAUCUGUUCGGGGAAGUACUUCACCGAGGCUGGUCUGGUGGGGCUGCUGGAGCAGGCUGCAGCCUCCUUCUCUAUGGCUGGCAUGUACGAAGCAGUGAAUGAGGUCUACAAAGUGCUCAUUCCCAUUCAUGAAGCCAAUAGGGAUGCUAAGAAGCUGGCCACCAUUCAUGGUAAACUGCAAGAAGCCUUUGGCAAAAUUGUGCAUCAGAGCACUGGCUGGGAGCGAAUGUUUGGUACUUACUUCAGAGUUGGCUUUUAUGGUUCUAAAUUUGGUGACUUGGAUGAGCAGGAGUUUGUGUACAAAGAGCCAGCCAUCACCAAGCUGGCUGAAAUCUCACAUCGGCUCGAGGGUUUCUAUGGGGAGAGAUUUGGUGAGGAUCAAGUUGAAGUCAUUAAAGACUCCAAUCCAGUGGACAAAUGUAAACUGGAUCCAAAUAAGGCAUUCAUUCAGAUCACGUAUGUGGAACCUUACUUCGACACAUAUGAGAUGAAGGACCGCAUCACGUAUUUUGACAAAAACUAUAACCUGCGGCGCUUCGUUUACUGCACGCCGUUCACGCUGGAUGGCCGAGCGCACGGAGACCUUCACGAGCAGUACAAGCGCAAAACCAUUCUCACCACCAGCCAUGCCUUCCCCUACAUCAAAACCCGCAUUAACAUCAUCCACAAGGAGGAGAUCAUCUCCAUGCCCAUUGAGGUGGCCAUUGAGGACAUGCAGAAGAAGACACAGGAACUGGCCUUCGCCACCCACCAGGACCCGGCUGAUGCCAAGAUGUUACAAAUGGUGCUGCAAGGGUCUGUGGGCACCACAGUAAACCAGGGUCCACUUGAGGUUGCCCAGGUGUUCCUGUCAGAGAUUCCCAGCGAUCCUAAACUCUAUAGACACCAUAAUAAACUGAGGCUCUGCUUUAAAGACUUUACUAAGAGGUGUGAAGAUGCCCUACGCAAAAACAAAAGCUUGAUAGGUCCUGACCAAAAGGAGUAUCAGCGAGAGCUGGAGAGGAACUACCACAGGCUAAAGGAGGCUCUUCAGCCCCUUAUUAACCGAAAGAUUCCCCAGCUCUACAAACCUGUGCUACAGGUCAACUCUCACAGGUUAGAAAGCAGUUCUAAACAGCGGCUGUGUGUGGACUCAUUCUUAGCACAUGGUACUUUAUUUAUGAGCACUCUGUAAAGCUGUGAAAAAGCUAGCCUGACUGGACAAGAAAGAGAAGAACAUUUUUGUAAAAUGAAGUAGAAAAUCCAAAAUGAGAGGAAUUUGUUGGCACACUUUACAAAGAAAAGUUGGAAUGGCACCCUUCAUAGAAAAUGUAGUGUUUCUGCAUUGAAUGGGUUCCUGACACAAAUGUGUUAUGGCCACAGAGAAAGGGGGGUGCACUAUCAUAGUGUCUCUACAGUGCCAGAUUUCAUGAGUUUGCAUCAUAGUCAUUCACAUCAAAGAAAAAAAAUAUCUGAGCUGUUGACUUGGUGCCACGUGCCAGAAUUGGAGAAGACCUGGUCAUGUCAUCUAAUGUUUAAUCUAGUUUAUAUUUGACAGCUAGGCUAGAUAAAUAGAUAUUUCCCUUUUUAAGUAAUGGGUCAUUAAUAAGGCUGUUAUUACAGCAUGUCUAACACUUUUUUUUGCCAUUUUGACAAGCAGCAAACGGACAGCUUGACAAGGUAGAAAACCAAAAUGAUUUUUUUUGUUAACUAGUUGUGCAAAACUAAGCACUUAUUCGCCUUUAUUUUUUUCCCCCCUCACAGAGACUCCUUUAGCAGAAUGAGCCUUCGCAAGCUUGAUAUGUGAAGACCCAGGAAACAACAAAAAGAACACCACAGUUUUAUUUAUUUGUUUGUAAAUAUUCAAUUCUUCUCGGAAAAUCAGUGUUUUUUUUUUUUGCCAGAAAGGAAAAGCUAAAGCGUGAAGUUGGUAUGUCAUUCCAAUUUUGUAUGCGUUUACAGAAACGACCUGUUACAAUCAUUCGGAUUGAAAGUGGAUCUUGCAGCAUGUGUGUCAAAACUGUAUUCAAUAUCCUGUGUGCACUUGUUUUUAUUACAGUGUUCUAAAGCAUUUUACCACACAUGGUACGACUCUGAAAGUUUACUAUUUAAUCCGAAUGAAAAACAAGCAAAAAAAAAAAAAGUACCACUAUUUAUCUUCUUUUUUAUUACAUUUGUUUAAAGUUAUUGAAAUGUUUUAAACAUUCUUGAAUAAUUUUAUGUAGCUUUUGUUUACCUUAAAUAUUUUACUAAAUAAAUAUUUUAAUGCACAAUGUGUAAGUUUCUUUUAACUGUUAACAGAAAUUGUACAAUGCAGUUUUAAUAUGCUGGUGUUUUAAUAAGGGUACAAGACAAUCUACAAAACAGGGCAAAAAUAGAAACGUUGAAGGAAUAUUUACAUAGAUUUCCCUCUCCCCAUAACAAACUAACAGCCUUUACUGUAGUCAUAGAUUACUUCUCUGUAGCAAAAAAAUAAAGUCCAUUUUUUUAUUGCUUAUAGGCAGUUGCAAUGGCUUUAGUUUUUAGACCAGUGACCACAGCAGAGAGCAGAGCCUUAUUCCUUAGAGCUGAAUGAGUCAACUGACCGUACUUGUGAAACUACACACAAACUACAACGGUUUAUGCAUCCCAAACAAUUAUCUGCGUCAUUUAUUUUAUGAGCAUUUAUGGCUCAGAGCCAGCCGUAUUUCAGUGUCAUCCUGCUAAAUGAGCUAGCUUUGAGGAAUAAGGCUCAGGUCUUUUACAACAUGGAAAGGACAAGAGAGAAAAGCUUCUUUCACUGGAAUGAGGUAUGGUAGCAAAGAAUGUUGAACUAGAAAAAUAAGGUUAGCUAUUCUUGCAGUCACCCAUAGACAAUAUACUCUGGCCCUGAACAGUUCAAGCUAUACUUGGUUCUAUGCUUGUGUGCAAACAGUCCAGUCUCUGCAAUUAACACAAGAACUUAAAGCUGGGAUUCAUCAAUUCUGUUCUUGCUUUAACAAAAAAAAAA